AUGGCUCAAGAAUCGCGACAAUAUGAGCUGAUCUUGCUGGGAGCAACCGGAUAUACCGGAAAACUCGUUGCGGAAUGGGUGACUACCCAUCUGCCGGAUGAUCUCAAGUGGGCUGUUGCUGGACGCAAUGCGAAGAAACUGCAAGCUGUAGUCGACGAAUUGACGAAGCUAAAGCCAGAUCGCAAGCAGCCAGCUAUCGAGACAUGCGAGCUUGAGCGCCAACAGCUAGAAACGCUUGUUAAGAAGACAAAGCUCAUCAUCACGACGGUGGGCCCCUUCAUGCACUAUGGCGAGCCUGUCCUUGCCGCCUGUGUGAACAACGGCACACACUAUCUAGACUCCACUGGUGAGGUGCCAUGGAUCUACGACAUGGUUGCCAAAUACGAUGAGCUUGCGAAGAAGAACAAGACCAUCGUCAUCCCCGAAUGUGGUCUCGACUCUGUUCCUGCAGACAUCAUGGCGUACGUCCUCGCACGCGAGGUGCGCAAGCGCUACGACGCACCCUGCGAGCGCGCCAUCAUGACACUCUACGACUUCAAAUCUGGAAUCAGUGGUGGAACAUCCCUUACUAUGCUGGAACUCUUCAAGAAAUACUCACUCAGUCAUCUCGGAAAGUCGAUGCACCCAUACUCGCUGUCGCCGGUUAGCGCAGACAACGUCGUCGCAGCACCGUCGGGACGCUUUCCAUACAGUCUUUUCGGUCUACAAAGUAUUCCUGAGCUUGGAGGCAUCCAGACAACUGGACUCAUGGCAAGCGUCGAUGUAUGCAUUGCACAUCGCUCGUGGGGUCUGUACCAGUCUUCGGGUGAUGACACCCUGCAAUAUGGUCCCAAAUUCCGGUUCAACGAGUACGCGCGUGCUCCCAGCUUCUUUGUUGGGCUAGCACAGAAGGUCGUUCUUACUUCAGUCGCCGUUCUGCUUGCCAUACCAGUAACACGCUGGUUGUUGGAACCCGUCUUCAAGAUGGUCAUCCCAAGCCCAGGCCAAGGACCGUCGAAAGAGAGCAUGAAGGAUGACUUCAUGCACUACCGUGGUGUUGGCACCACUGGGGACGGAAAGAAGGUGAUUGCUAACCUCGAGGUCGCACAUGGUGGGUAUGUUGCCACAGCGAUGACACUCAGUGCCGCCGCCUUAGUCGUUCUCCGAGGCAGGCUAGAGGACAGCGAGGCGGGUAAGCUAGGAGGUGGCAUUCUUACACCCGCAACACUGGGAGAUGAGUACGUGAAGACACUGAAUGACUUUGGCAUGAAGAUCAGAGUGGACAAGUAA